UUCCGCCAAAGGCGGGCAAGAGCGCUGAAUCCGGUAGGCUGCGCGGCCGGGAUGAGUGAUGGUUAUCGCGACAGGAUUCAGGUGCCAUUGGAUUCCUUGAUUGGGCAGCUGUUGGAGCUGAACAAAAGGCAACAUGAAGAGCUCAAAGAUGUUGUGGAGCUGCACCGGCUGGAGCUGCUGGCCUCUUUGGAGAAACCUGCAGAUGCGGGCAUCUACCACAGCUAUGAGUUCUCCUUGGGAUCCGAGUUGGAUCCUGGAGACCUGCAUGCUCCAAGCCAGGGUAAGCAGGUUGCUCUGCCGUUUAAUGCUGAUGGCCUUUCCAGCCCUCCAGUGGCUGCGUCAAAUUGUAACGUGGACUCCCUCCAGCCGCUCUCCAUGGUGAAAUGCACGCAGCAACCGGCUGCACCUGCCGAUGAUUCCUGGAAUGGUCUGGUAACAACCCCCAGAACGACAGAGGGUCGAAGAGUCGCCUCCCUCCAAGUUCCACCAGAUGUACAUCUUUCUGCCAAAGCUUGCACAGCCGAAACGGCAAGUACGGCUGAUGCGUUUGGCACGACCGACGACUCUGGUGCAGUCGAAGACAAGAACACGGAUGAGAGGGAAGACGAAACAGCACAAGGACUGAAAGAACGGCCCAGUAGCUCCGCGGCCAGUAGGACGAACUUGGACCUCGAGACGAGCCACUCUGCGGCUGCCAACCUCAAGUUGUCCCAGGAGAGACGCAAUGGGUGCUUUGAUACUUGCAUUGGAAUCCUUGUUCUGUUGAAUGCGUUUGUCAUGGUUUUGGACCUGGAGUGUCAGGGAAAUGAAGUAGGAUUCGCUUCUGGAAUAAUUGGUCGGAAUGUUUGGCGUGGGUUUGAACCUGCAAUCCUGGUUCUGGAGCAUUGCUUUGCAAUCGCUUUCCUUUUGGAAUUGAUCUAUCGCGUCGCAACAGAGGGGCGCAAAUACUUCAAAGAAGCCAUGAACAUCUUUGCUCCAUGGCGCCUCUACUAUGUCGGCGAGGCCAAAGGGAACCCUGGAUUGAGCAUCGGCGUGGCAGAAUGCUACGAAGACGACUUGCUUUGCUGGAGGAAGCGAGGUCCCGACGCGGCAGAUCUUCCGAGCGAUACCAGGGAAGGGCUCUACAAGCGUUUGGACGUCCCAGUGGCGGCCGAUGACUGGGUCAACAAUUCGCAGCGGGAGCGCUGGGUGGUGCUGGCUGGACUGGGAGUGGCCUCAUUGGCGGUCCUAGCGCUUGCUCGCCGAAGGUUCAGCGCUUCCAGUGAGCAGUAUGAAGUGCUACUGGAUGCUCUCAAUGAAAUGGCCAGAAGGUUUUUCUCUGUCUUUCAAGACCUGGCCGGCAUCGCCAAGACGGUUCGCACCAAGAUGCAGGUGUCUCAAAUCCUCAUCCCGGAAGAGACCUUGCGGGAACAGCUGCUGAGACAGUGCCAGGUCUUUGAGAAGCUCCAGCAGAUCCAGACUGAGGUGGCAGCACAGUACAAUUUGAGUGUUGAGGAGAUUCAGCGCAUGCAGGAGAGCCAUCAGGAUGCGGAGGUGCAAGCCUACACUACAGGCUUUCGGUCCAUGAUGGAUGAAGCCAUGCAAGGGAAGUCUCCGGUACUUCCGAAUGUGAAAAUUCCAGAUCUCCUCACCAAGGAGAUGGCGUUGAAAAUCCUGGAGUUGGCGCAAAAUAAAGAGGCUAAAGAGGCCUUGGGAAGGGUGAAUGCCCCUCGCUGCUCCCUGAAAGAGCUGGGGGAGGUGCUGAAUGUGUCCCACCGAGUGGCUUGGCAACAGGCGCUGGAGGAGUACAGCCAAGUAUUGGGGGAGCAUGGCUCAGAGGUGUAUCACAGUGUGGUGGCACUUUACGAGCAACGCUCCGAUGAAUUUCUGGCCGAGAAAGCUCAGCUGGAAGAACGCCAUCAAAAGCGGAUGCUCUGCAUCUUCGAGCCAGAUGGCAGUGGCCAUGUGAACGUGCGCCACGGCAUGGGUAAAGUCUGA